GUCAGACUGGCGUAGUAUAUGUCCACGUAAAACUAAGGGGACGCGGGCUUCCCUGGCGCCUGGCGGCCUGGCCUUAGCUGUGGCUCUCCGGCUUGCUCUGUUUCUGUACCUCUCUUGUGCUCUUGUGUUGUGUGCCGCUGUGCGUGUUUGUGUGGGUGCUUGUGCGCGCUCUUCGUUGCCGUGUUCCUUGUUGCGCGGGGCAGUACAUUUUGAAAAGAUGUGCGCUACGAGCCGAAACGGACCAAGUGUGGCGGGCAGGAGGUAACCCAUCCUUGCGUCCAUGCGGAGAUGGAACAGGAAUUUGAAGAGAUCGACUCUAAAAACUCGUGGAAUUCCGUGUACCAGAAAAUCAGGCACAAGUCCAGCAACUAUGACUACGCGUUUAAAGACGCACGUCGACCGGACAACCGGAACCUAAAUCGCUACAGGGAUGUCAACCCAUACGACCACAGCCGGGUGGUCCUGCGGAGGGGUGACAAGGACUACAUCAACGCCAGCCUGGUGGAGGUGAAGGCGGCCAAGCGCAGCUACAUCCUCACCCAGGGUCCCCUCCAGUCAACGACCAGCCACUUCUGGCUUAUGGUCUGGGAGCAGAAGACCAAGGCCAUCCUCAUGCUGAACCGCAUCAUUGAGAAGAACACGGUAAAGUGCCACCAGUACUGGCCGGUCGGAGACGAGGAGCUGGUGCUGCCCUCCGUGGGCCUCAAGGUCACUUUCCUCUCAGAGAAGCCCGCCACCAACUACACGGUCCGAGAGCUGCUCCUCACGGACCUCCAGGGCGGGGAAUCGCGGGUGGUGCAGCAGCUGCACUACACGACGUGGCCGGACUUUGGGGUGCCGGAGUCCCCCGCCUCGUUCCUGGCGUUCCUGCGGGAUGUGCGUGCCACGGGGGCCCUGGACGGGGCCGGACCCCCCGUGGUGCACUGCAGUGCGGGCAUCGGCCGCUCGGGCACCUUCUGCCUCGUCGACUCCUGCCUCGUGCUGAUCGAGGCCGCGGGGGGCCGCUUGGACGCGGUGGACGUGCCCUCGGUGCUGCUGGAGAUGCGGCGCUUCCGCAUGGGGCUCAUCCAGACCCCGGACCAGCUGCGCUUCUCCUACCUGGCCAUCCUGGAGGGGGCCAGGGCGCUCGCACGCUCGGACCGCCCAGAGGCGGGGGCUCGCCCGGCCGCCCCCAGACUGGCGGAGCAGAACGGACUUGGAGAGGACGCGAGCUCCACGUCGGAGGCGUCAGACUCCUCGGACGACGAGGACGAGGGGGACGAGGACAGGGACCCCCCUGAGGUCCCCCCGGCCCCGCCGCUGCCGCCCCGCCUCCUCAAGCGCCCCUCCGUGGAGACACCCCCCUGCAAGAGCGAGGACUGGGAGCUGCGCCAGCGCCAGCGCCGGGAGCGGCUGAAACGCACGGCGCAGACGGUGCAGCGCAUGCGGCAGAAGCAACGCUCGUCGGAGGCCUGGCAGCAGCGGCGCCGCCUGCUCCAGCGCCUCUCCCUGGGCGCCGCCCUGGUGCUCGGGGUCGGACUGCUCGCCUACAAGAGCCUCUCGUCGUCGCAGCCCCCGUCCUAGCAGCGGUGCGCGAAAGACGAACUGCUGCGGACCUCCAAGGCGUCCACAAGUGCCGUCCGUGCCUCUCUUGCGUUUCUUCGUUGUUUCUCUUCUAAAUAACGCCAUUUAUGGAAAAAAAAAAAGAAAAGAAAGAUGCUUUUAGUCUUGCCACA